AUGGCCAUCUCUUUUUCCACCCUUCCUGCCCCUGCCAAGUUCAGGGAGCAGCAACCAGAGGGAGAUGAUCACCUGAACCACUGCUCCAAAACCAUGGGCAGUCAAUGCUGUAAAUGUGGUCCAGAUGAAGAUGCACUAGAGAGAGAGAGGCGGCGGAAGUUGCUUCUUGCACAACUGCGUCACAGAAAAAGGGUGAAGGCGGCUGGGCAGAUCCAGGCCUGGUGGCGUGGGGUCCUGGUGCGCCGGACCCUGCUGGUCGCUGCCCUCAGGGCCUGGAUGAUUCAGUGCUGGUGGAGGACGUUGGUGCAGAGGCGGAUCCGUCAGCGGCGGCAGGCCCUGCUGAGAGCCUAUGUCAUCCAGGAGCAGGCGGCGGUCAAGCUCCAGGCCUGCAUCCGCAUGUGGCAGUGCCGGCAACAUUACUGCCAAAUGUGCAACGCUCUCUGCCUGUUCCAGGUUCCCGAGAGGAGCCUUGCCUUCCAGACUGAUGACUUUUUACAGGUCCAAUGUGCAGUCCCUUCAAAGCAACCAGAGUUCCACAUUGAAAUCCUAUCAAUCUGA